GCGGCGUUUCCGUUUCCGGAGUCAGUGAAAACCAGAGGUGAAGCGUCAGGUGAAUGUGUGUGGAUGUAGUGCCUGUGGAGUGCUGUAAUGCCCCUGGAGGUCAGAUGGCCAUUCCCACAAUGCCCUGCUUUGGCAUGGAGGAUAUCCAGCUCAUUGAUCAUGGGCAUGGUGGGAUCCUACUCCUACUUCUGGACCAAGUACAUGAACUACUUGACAGUCCACAAUCAAGAGGUUUUGUUAAAUUUGAUUGACCAGAGGCCCUCAGACACACCUCUCAUCACUCUGUCCAAUCACCAGUCUUGUAUGGAUGACCCACACAUCUGGGGUGUAUUAAGACUUCGACAGUUAUGGAACUUCAAAAAGAUGCGCUGGACUCCAGCAGCGUCUGACAUCUGUUUCACAAGAGAACUGCACUCAAAAUUUUUCAGCCGUGGCAAGUGUGUUCCUGUUUGUAGAGGUGAUGGUGUUUACCAGAAAGGCAUGGAUUUUGUUUUGGAGAAAUUAAACCAGGGAGAAUGGGUGCACAUUUUUCCAGAAGGCAAAGUCAACAUGACUGAAGAAUUCAUACGGUUAAAAUGGGGUGUGGGUCGACUAAUAGCCGAGUGUUCCCUGAAUCCAGUUAUUCUGCCCCUGUGGCAUGUGGGUUUGAGUGAUGUCCUGCCAAAUGCGAAACCCUACAUUCCUCAGAGGAGCAAGAAGAUCACAGUCCUUGUGGGGAAACCAUUCAAUGUGAAAGACCUUGUUGAAUCUCUCCAAGCUGAAAAUAAGAGCCCGAUGGAAAUGAGGAAGACUUUGACAGAUUUCAUCCAGGUGGAGUUUCGGAGUCUGAAAGCCCAGGCUGAAGCCCUCCAUGGACACAUACAGACCAAAUCCUGAGUCUGGGCCAUCCCAUUUGUCUGCUGCACUCCUCACAUAAACAAGACUGAUAUGUUAUCCAAAACCAAGGGUAUUUCCACAACUAUUUGGAGUCCAAUUACACACAAAACUGGUGCCAACUUGUGUCUUUUGUUGUGAACUCCCCUCCGCUCAAAUAGAUGAUGCAUUUGUGGUAUUGUUGCAUCAUGGUAACUGUCUGAGGGAAGUUAGUCAUAUUUUUAGUUUAGCUAAUGCAUGAUUUAUUUGAUUCAUCCACCAGGAUUAAUUGAUUCACGUUAGAAAAACCAAAAAAACUUAAUGGAUAAAUAACUGGAUGAUGGCUUUGGUUUUAUUCAGUCACUGCUGUUUGUGUCAUUGAAUUGAUGAAUUACAGUGACAGAUUGUGAAUGCCUUUUGAAGCUUCAGUAUUUACUUUUUAACUGAACUGGAAGAAAAUUGUUGCUGUAUUUAAGAAUGAAUAAUGACCCGAGUUGCUGUUACCCCACAAAUAAUCAUGUGGCGCUUCACUAAGCUACUAUAUGUAUAAAUAAAAUGGUCCAUAUUGGCAUGUAGCAUGUUCGUCAUGCUCACACAUGGAGCAUUAUAGAUUUGUAACUUGCAGUUAAACAGAACAAGUGAAACCGCAUCUAAAAGAGGAAAAUAACCAUUCAUCUGAGUAAACCAUUUAAAAUUGAUUUUCAUGUUAAAUGAUUUUUAGACUUUUAGAUAUUACCUCAGAAAUGCUAAUUGUACCAUUGCACGCAGUAGAACCAGAUGAAUGCUGUGUCACAUUUUCCUAACCUCAGCGUGUGUCCCAUGGAAAUUGGGUUUUGUUCAACUGUACAUUCAAAUCAUUUCUGAGUGCUGUAGAUAGACAUUUCUACAAGAUUUUCUGUGGACUGUUUGAAACUCUGGAUGUGACCCAAUCACAGAUGUAUAUAUCUUGUUAUAUCACAGAGAUUACUGAGUUUUGUAAGAGAGAAAUGGCAACAAUGACUAUACCUGUGGUUAUUUUAUAAAUGUGUUGCCUUAAUAUGAUUGCCACUCAUUCCUAUGUGAAUGCCAAUAAAGUUUUUUUUUUCUAAAUUAAAA